UCCUAUUUCACUCAAUUCUUCGUGGAUUAAACUAUUUUUUACAAAUAAUUAAUGUAUAUAAAAUUUAUAAAAAAUAAAAAAAGAGGAUAAUUUAUUUUUUUAUUCACAUUAAAUUUAAUUUUAAUUUUUUUAAAUAUAUUGGUGUCAUUUUACUAUUUUAAAUCUAAGACUUAAUUUACUUUUACGGUAUAUAUAUUCUAUACAUCGAAUAGUCGAAUAAAAAUAACAUAAAAUUUGUAUAUGUAAAAUAUAGUUUCCUAUAAAGUAAUUUAAAAUAUAUAAAUUCGAAAAAGGAAAUUUUUCUAAUUUAUUAUUAAAAUUAUUAAUUUAUAGAGUUUUCCUAUUUGGAUACCAAACACUAAAUAGGCGUUAGAUUUUCUACAGACCUAAUCGUGAUUUAAUAAACCCUAAAAUUUAUCCUAUUUUUUCUCCACAGCAAUUGACCAUGAUCAUGACCUUCGAAGAAGUUGAACCAAAGAAGGAAAAGAUUUGCCAGCCACUGUCAUUGUUUUCUUCACUUCCGGAUGAAAUCACAGAAAACAUUCUUGCCCGUGUUUCGAGGUGGAACUAUCCUUGGCUUUCUCUCGUCUCAAAGAGCUUCCGCUCUCUCUUAUCUUCUAUGCAAAUCUAUAAGACGCGAUCUCAAAUCGGAACCGAAGAAACUUGCGUAUAUGUCUGCCUACAGUUACACAAUCAACCAUAUCCGAGCUGGUUUAGUGUUUGGGCUAAACCUAAUAAUCAAACCCUAACCAAACAGAGAGGAAAGAUUAGGUUUAAGAAGGAUCCAACUGGAAACUCGGUUGUUCCGACACCCAUCCAUUCUCCUCGCAUAACAAGUCAGUCCACCGUAACGGUUGGUCCGGAAAUCUACUCAAUCGGUGGACCCCGCGAGGAGCCUUCUUCCUCUGUAUGGAUCCUUGAUUGUCGAAGUCAUACUUGGCGUAACGGUCCUAACAUGACCGCGGCUCGGGAGGAUCCAUGCGUUUUUACUGACCAUGGUAAAAUAUAUGUGAUGGGAGGUUGUAAGAUUGACGAGUACUCUGCUAGACUGUUUGAGGUGUUUGAUACGAAGACUCAGUCUUGGACAGUCUUGCCGGGGCCUGGUGCUGAGUUACGCAUUCUUUUAACAGAAAAUAAUUAUGAUUUAGUUAAUGUGAUAGACGAAAAGUUUUUCGUAGUGAUAAAUGAAAGGGAGUACACGUACGAGCCGAAAUAUGGUACAUGGAAACUUUUAAGAGGGCAGUCAGAUUCCAUAGAACUAGAAGGGGCUACAAUUUGGAUAAAGGAUGUAUUAUACUGUUGCACUUACUAUGGAGACUUAAUCUGGUGUGACUCUGAGGAUCAUGAGGGUAGAGAAUGGAGAGAAAUCAAGGGUUUGCGAAGAUUACUAGAUGACUGUUGUUUAAGAAGUGCAAGUGAGUUUGCAGUGGAGGACUAUGGUGGGAAGCUUAUGGUUAUGUGGGUAUAUUCUGAUAUCCAACCGAAAAACAAGAUUUGGUAUGCUAAGAUUUCUUUGGAAAGAAGUAGCAAUGGACGUGAGAUUAAUUUGGGGAAAGAUUGAGUGUGUCGAUGAGCUUACAUUUCCAUGCGAAUCUUACGAAUCCUUCUACUGUUUAAGUACUUAAUUCGGCUUAAUGACACUCUUAGCUGGAAUGGCAUGAGUCGUUUGCUUUUGCUUUGAACACGCUGUUUUCUUCUUUGACACAGGCUAUAUAUUCAGUUUCUUUUUUUCUUUUCAUUUGAAGAACAUUGUUUAUAGGGCAAAUCUCCAAAAUAGCACAUUUCUAAGUUUAUAUCACAAAAAUAGCAUUCCAAAACUAAAAUGACCAAAAUAGCACAUU